CGGGCGGGGCCGGGGUCGGGUUUCACAUCCUGCCCCACUGGCGGGCAGAGCGGGCGGCGCGGCCGAGAGGGCCAUGGCGGAGAGCUCGGACUGGGUGGAGAUCAUCGAGCCCCGCUCCCAGGAGCGGAUGUACGUGAACCUGAGCACCGGGGAGUGCGGGUGGGAGCCCCCUCCCAACCUGCGGGUGCGCCAGUCCGACCAGCACCAGUGGUGGGAGCUCUUCGACCACAACAACAACCGCUUCUACUACUACAAUGCCAUCACGCAGCAGACGGUGUGGCACCGGCCCCAGGGCUGUGACAUCGUGCCCCUGGCACAGCUCCAGGCCAUGAAACGCAGCUCCCAGCCCGACUGCCGCGGCCGCCAGCACCGGGGCAGCACCGGCAGCGACGGCAGAAACACCCCGGUACAGAUGGCCCUGCUGCAGGAGAUGGAGAAAGGCAAAGGGGACUGUGUUGCUGAGAAGAGGAAGGACCCGGGCAGGGAGACUCCUACCCACUGGCAGCCCCUGCCAGGCACCAAAGCAGCCAUGUUGGUGAAAGUGAACAGCCUGAGGCAGGUACAGAGCUCUUCUAACACUUCACUUCAGCUGCAGAGUGCUCCGGAGGCCAACAGCCAAAAAUCUCUUCCAAAACCAGCUAUAUAUGCUCAGCCUCAAUCCACAUCCCAGAGCCCUGCAGCCACAAAGCAAAUGCCUCCAGGAGAAACAAAGCAGUCCAUGCAGAUCAAAAAGAUGGAGAAUGGUGGGUUUUGCCUGGUGCUGACCAAUGGUCCAACUUCUCAAACACCUCCAAGGAGCCGAACAGGAACCCCCCAGCCUGCAUCCCCCAAAUAUGCCUCCCCUGCACCUAUCUAUGAUGAGCCAUCUCUAGAGUCUCCAAUUUAUGAUGAGCCACCAGUAGAUAUGGACACUGAAAGUGUCACUAUGAGUAGGAUGUCUCCACCAAGGUCGCCAAGCAAUAGCUUAAAAAAGCAGCUGCAGCCAACCAAAUUGUUACAGCAUCCAGGGAUGCAGCAGCAGCAAGCUGCAAAGAAGCAUGCAAGAAAUCCUUCUUCCACUGAAUACAGCCCAGCUGGCAGAGAGUAUAUAAAACACAUGGUCAAUGUUGACCAGUCUUCCAAACUCUCCCACUCUUCUGCUGCACCAGCUGAUGCUGCUACUAAACUGCCAGGCCAGCUGACCUCAAAGGACAGCUUCAAGCAGUCCUGGAGGAUCUUGGAAGCCAACGUGCUCAAGAACAUGGAAGCCCAUCACAGUCGUCAGAACAGCCUGCAAACUCAAGAGUACCCAACUGGUAUAAGCCAUCAGGAUUCUGGUUAUUCAACUGGCCCCUCUCCAAGCUUGAGGAAAAGGAAAGGGAGGAGGCAAGGGACAGGUCAAGGCAGACCUGGCUCUGUGGGCAGCACCAGCGAGCUCACUGCUUUGAAUGAUAAGCUGAUUGCUGAGAUGCGUGCUGUGGUGGGCAGAUCAGCAGCUUGCAGGGGAAGCAAAGCUAGCCUGGAUGCUGAAAGCCUGGAGAGUGGCAUCCCAGCAGAGAGCAGCAAAGUCAGAUUUCAGUCUGACCACUUGAAAAAAUGCAUCAGCCGAAGCUCAAGGGAUGACAUCUCAGCCAGUAAUAGGUCUCUGUAUAGACAGGGCCUGGAGAGCAGGGGCAGCUUUCCCAGUGAUGUGGCUGCUCCACAGGACACAGUGAGGCAGAAGAGGACUUUUGAGAAAAUAGAUUCUUUAGAAAAGAAUGUGACCAGCCAGACAAGUUUGUCUUCAUCAGAUGCCACACGCCGCUCCUCCCAGCCCGGGACCAUCGAGUUGGACCCCAAGCAGGAGAGCAGUGCCCAGCCUGCUGGCUGCAUGGGAUAUCACUUCCCUUACACCACCCUGAGGAAGCCCCUGUCCCAGAGCAGCAUGGCAGACUGGGCCUCCAAAAACCUCAACAUGCACACCCAAGGCAUCUUCCGCCGCCGGAUCUCCAUCUCCAACAUGCUCUCCUGGAACGGGGGCUCCAUCAAAAAGCCCAUGCUCAUCACCAGCAACCGCACCAUCAAAAAGGAGGCGUGUGAGAUGUUCAAACUGGUGCAGAGCUACAUGGGGGAUCGUCAGACCCGAAUGGACCGGAACCACGUGGCCUUGGUGACCGUCACCAAGUGCUGGAGCAUGCAGGGCCUGCGGGAUGAGCUGUACAUCCAGCUGAUCCGGCAGACAACAGACAACACCUGCUUCAGGAGCCUGGCCUGGGGCUGGGAACUGAUGGCCAUCAGCCUGGCCUUUUUCUCCCCAUCUCCCAAAUUUCAGUCUUACCUGGAAGGGUACAUUUAUCGCCACCUUGACAGUGAUGAAAACAGUAAGUGUCACACCCUUUGCCAGCGCAUCAAGGAGCUUGUGGAUCUGAAAAACAAGAAGAAACUCCAAAUCCAGGAAAAGAGGAAACAAAACACUGAGGAUGAAGGUCUGCCCAUCAGCACCUACGCCAAGUACUGCUACCGGAAACUCCAGAAAGUGGCUGUCACUGGAGGCAAAAAGGGCCUCCGUAAACCCACAGUGGAGGAGAUCAUGCACGCCAGGAACGCCAUCGUCACCCCCUCGCUCUUCGGCAGCUCCCUGGAGGAGAUCAUGCAGCGGCAGCAGGAGAUGUACCCGGGGAACAAACUGCCCUGGGUGCAGACACAGCUCUCCCAGCAGGUCCUGGCUCUGGGGGGAGAGCAGACAGAGGGGAUUUUCAGGAUACCUGGUGACAUAGAUGAAGUCAAUGCAUUGAAGCUGCAGGUGGAUCAGUGGAGAAUCCCAAGUGGCCUCAGUGACCCCAACAUCCCAGCCUCCCUUCUCAAGCUGUGGUACCGGGAGCUGGAGGAGCCCGUGAUCCCCCAACAGUUCUACAAAGAGUGUAUCAGCAACUACGAGAACCCCGAUGCUGCUGUUGCUGUUGUGCAGCUUUUGCCAGAGCUCAACAGGCUGGUGCUGUGUUACCUCAUACACUUCCUGCAGGUCUUUGCUCAGCCAUCAAAUGUGGGGAGGACAAAGAUGGAUGUGAAUAACCUGGCCAUGGUGAUGGCCCCCAACUGCCUGCGCUGCCAGUCCGAUGACCCCCGUGUUAUCUUUGAGAACACGCGCAAGGAAAUGUCCUUCCUCCGCAUGCUGAUCGUGCACCUGGACACGAGCUUCAUCAAAGGGCUGCUCUGAGCCUCUGCCACCAAGGGCCAAGACGUUGCUCUGGGGAGUUGCUGAGUGCCCAAAGUCUUCUCCCCUCCACUUAGGUUUCUCCCGUUGUUCUUGCUGUUGUCACACCCUGAGCAUCUCCCAGCAUUUGACCUUGAGGACAAGAAUGGGACAGUCCUGGAAGGCUCAGGCUGCUCAGCUACAGGAGGUCCUUGGACAUACCAGGCCAGAUGCAGUGGUUCCUGGCCUCCCAGUGCAUGCCAGAGGGGGACAGUCCUCCUCCUUGGAGCCACAGGACUGGUUGCUCAUUGACAGGGCUGUGAUGACCAUGAGAAGUUGCUCCCUGGGGCAGUGAGACUCCAUCUGCCUUCUGGAGGUAGAGUUGGCUUCAGGUAGGAGGAUGUCACUCCUGUGUUGUGGCUCCUGCUGUCCCAUUGGGGAUGAUGCCACUGCUUGGAGCCAGCCUGGUUCACCUCUGCAGGCUGUUGGUUGGAGCCAUGAGGGUGGUUCAGACACCUCAUGACAGUGUUGGUAGAGGGAUGUAAAGGUACAGGGGGUUCACUGAGGCAGAGGUUCCUUGGACUGCCCUGGUCAGGGGAAGCACAUUGCAGCCCAGGCAGAGGAGGUGGGGGCAAGGGGAAGGCCACGCAUCUGACACCAAACAGGUAAAUAGCCUCUUUGGCAUUCUGCUAGUGAGGGCCACAUCCUCUGGAGGGGCAACAAGAGCAGUCUUGCAGCUCCUUUCUGCUCUGGGCAGCAUGAGCUGGCACCACCUUUCCUGCAGAUCAUCUUAGACUGUGCUCAGAGCAGUCUCCAUGACUUUGGCACCUCUUUUCCUGGUACCAGCUCCUUCCCAGACCACUCUGCCAAGGACUCAGGACCAGUUUUGUGCAGUCUCCUAUUUCAUCCAGGUCUAGAGAAAGCCAGGAAGGCUCCCAAUUGUAGGAAAUGCUCCUGUGCUCAGAUGUGCCCUUCCAGGCAGAGCAGCAGCAUGGUCACAUGCUAUUGGAGUGCUGCUGCUCCAUGGAGUAAACUGUGGCACCUGUGCUCUUCCCACUGAAUUGCCAUGGAAGUUGCAGAGGGGUUGAGAAGGGAAGGGAAAAAGAAGAGAAAGGAAGAGGCAGAACUGAGCAGCUGUGGUGUGGUGGAGCCUGUGUAGGGGUAGUGUCAGGUGAGCAGCUCAGCAUUCUCACUGCUGCUAUUAAACCCCUGUGGCACAGCAAGGACAGUGUCUUCCAGAGGCUGGGCAUGGACUUCCCCACAGCCUCCAGAUCCUGUCGCAUGCUCUUUAGCAAGCAGCAAUUACUGAUUCUGUGGCAUCCUGGUUUUAUUCUUCUCUUCCUUUGAAAUGUUUUCCCUGCUGCAAAAAGCUGCUUGUUGGGAUUAUUCCUGCAAUGCUACAUCUGCUGGGAGCAUCCACGGUUCCAUAUGCAUUUCUGUAUCCCUCUCUCUUGCAAGUGGGGACCUGGGAUCAUCCUCUCCUCAUUGCAGUUGGGAGCUGAGCCCUGCCAGCAGUUAGGUUUAAAGCUGAUGUCUGGAAAUGUACCAAAAGUCUGGGCAUAAGGUGCAGGGUGCCCUGAGCCUGCUGCUGCUUGGAUCUCUGGGUGUGUGUGAGCAGGGUUUCCAGGCUACACGUUUGCUCAGAUGAACUCCACAGCAGGAGUUCUGUUUGUGCCCAGCUGAACAAGGGUCCUGGUUCCUCUCCUUGUACCAGAUGCUAACUGUGGUCCAGCAGGCCAGGAAGUUUUGCUUCCAUGUCAUGAUUAGCUCUGUCAGACAUGACCCCAAAAAUGUGCCUGGAUCUGCUUCACACACCCAUCCCAUCCCACCCCACCCCACCCCAGUGCUUCAAAACCAUUCAGCUCGCUUUGGCCUUCUCAAGCCCUGAACAACUUGGAAUUCAGAUGUGGGGCUGCUUUCCCAGAAGUGUAGAAUCAGGCAGGGAGUUACCAGCUCUGCCACUUUGUGCUGACAUUCAAACCUCUGAACAGGUUUGGGGGGGCCACCUCCCACCCUGCUGGGGGCCGGAGCAGCCGUGUGGUUCCUGCUCCCCCCUCCCUGGGCUGCAGAUUCUGUGCCAGCGUGGGGCAGGGUCUGGGGGCAGCCACCCCCCAGCUGAUCCCUGUUAUUCCUUGCACUUAGCUGUAGCAGACAAUCCACCAUAGGCAUUUGCUGCUAUUACAAACCAAUGCUUCUUGCCAGGGCUGUACAAUAGGCUCAUAAAUGACACUGGAUAUUAUUUUCUUUGCCAACAGAUUUGUAAAUAUGAAAUCAGUAUAGCAGCCUCUCCUCUGUUAUAAUAAUAAAUACCAUCUCCAUG